UCCAAGAAAGCAAGAGAAAGAGAGAGAACGUAGAAUUAUCCAGCAUAUGUUAUAUAUAGAGAUAGAUAGACAUAGCCUGGCUCAGGCUCGGAGUCGGAGUCGGAGUCGGAGUCGGAUGUAAUAUAAGUCGAAUUGAGGAAAGUUGGAGCUAGUCUUGGCAGAGGCGACACACACACACUCUCUCUCUCUCUCUUGAGAUUUGAGUGCAGUAAUUGAUCUGGGCUUUCUUUGGUUCAUUUGUUUGUUGAAGGUUUAGGGUUUCAGAAAGAGAGAUUGAGAGAGAGGUCAUGGAAGGAAGGAAGCAGACGGGUUCGGGUUCGGGUUCGUCAUUUGCUUCCGAUCUUUUCGGGGCUAAAGAUUCGCCCGCAGCAGCUGAUUCUUCUUUUUCUUCUUCUUCAUCCUCGGGGGCUUUUCGUUCAAUUUUCGCCAGAGAGCCUCAGCCUCGGCCUCGGCCUCAGCCUCUGCAACUGUCUGGAGCUGACAUGAAGAAUGCAUCUGUGACUGGGGGGAUCUCCAAUUGCAUUAAUCAUCCUGGGAGCUCGACAAGCGACAACUUUAACCCUUAUUACCAAUUAGAGCAAAAGGUGCAACAGCAGCAGCCGUUUCAAUGGAGUUCGUCCAUAUAUUAUGGCGGUCAAGAGGUGUAUUCUCAGCCUCAGAAUGCUGCUGCUAACAACAACCCUGCUCCACUCACUACUUUCAGUAAGGAAAUCGGAGAAGAUGACAAAGGGUCAGCUUCACGGGGAAACUGGUGGCAGGGAUCACUUUACUACUGAGAAAGAUCCUACAUGAAACCUGUAAUUCACUAUGGUUUCAAUUCAAUUCAAUUCCCAUGGACUCAAAAAAGAUUUUGCCAAUUUGUCUGUAUGAUUAUAAUAAUACUGUAUAUAUAUUAUGUGACGUUUGUUACU